AUGAACAGCUCUCAGGUGGCGGCUGGAAAUUCUUCGCUACCUUGCGCCGAUGUAUACGUUCAAGUUUACACUCUAACACUGUUGUACCCGACAAUGUUGGGAUCGUUGCCAUACUUGGGACCGGCAUUUGAUCUGUCGCUAGAGCGAAUCAAAACCGUGUAUCCUCAUCAUGGUCAUUUAAUUUGCUGUAAUCAUGCUUUUUUAGGUUGCGAGGAUGCUGUGCAAACACUUCCUAUUGUGACUGGACUUGACCUUCUUAUGAUAACCACUGUGGCGCCUAUUAUGCGCAAUAAAGCCAUUACUCCUACAUGGAUCAGCACCACCUCGAAUUCGUUUUCUACCAGUAUUCGUGUGUAUCAAAAUUUGUGCAGUAUGUUCAAAUGGCACACGCUGGGAUUUCUUCUGGACAAGAGCUACAAUACCGGCAUGGAUGUGUUUGGGUUUGCGCUGUUCAAAAUCUUUUCGAGUGACGGAUUUCAACCGUUUAUGGAAUCGUAUAAUUCGAAGGAAGGAGUCGAUCGUGUUGCGGUUCUUAAUCGGCUCAACGCCCAAUCAAGAAUUAUCUUGUUUUUUGGUGAAUCUGGGGAGUUCCGCAAGAUUUUGAAAACAGCAGCAGGUCUCAAUAUGACGAUGGGGGAGCAUGUUUACGUGAUAUCCACUCCUUUUAGACUGAGCACCGCACCAGGCUAUCUCUCCUGGGAUAAGGGUGAUAGUGAUGAUCCUAUUAUACGGCAGGCAUAUCGGUCCGUACUGAUUGUGGAGUCCGACCUGUCGAUUUACGGAAAUACCAGCACUUCGGACACCUUUUCAGAAGAAAUGAUAAGGCAUUCCCAUAGAGAUUACAAUCACACAUACCUGUCAUUUCAGCCAGUCAGCCCGCAUCCUGGUAGUACCUAUGCCUCUAUGAUGAUGGUUGCUCAGGUAUACCGUAUACUGGAAAAAUAUACUGCACUUAGGGUAUCGGAUAGUUCUGAGACAUGGGCAUCCGGGGCCAAACUGGCCAAGCGGCUAAUGAAUCGGACCUUUCACACGGAUGUUAGCGACCUCUACAUUGACUCAUCUGGGGAGCGAGUUCCGCGGAAAUGUGUGAAUCAGCUGUCGUGGAAUACGUCUGAGUUGCGCACGCUCUUCGUACAAGUUGUUCCAGAGCUCGAGCUGAGACCAACCGGCGAACCAAUAGAAUGGCUCGGUCCUUGGCCACCGCCCAAUGAACCACGCUGCGGAUAUCGCGGCGACAAGCCAAUUUGCCGUACAGGCACUCUGUCAGUGGAAACGAUUGCUGGAACAGUUGCGGCUAUUGUUGUUAUUUGUGUUGCAUCUUUGAUAAUCAUCUGGCGGACGAUGCGAACGCACGCUUUGAAUGAAUCACGAUGGAGGAUAACACCAGAACUUCUCAUACCGCGAACAUCGGAUAAAGAUGUACGUGGUCUCUUCGGAAAUGGUAUGGCUUACUCGCCUACGCAUUUUCAACGCACCGGCCUCGUCUCUGACUCCACUAUCUAA